UUGCUUGCUCUCUCUCUCCCCAGCGCGAACACUGUGAAGAGUUGACUGAAAUUCUGUAACUUGACACUAUAGCUUAGCGGUUCAAGAGCCGAAACAUGAGGACCAGUUGCUAAAUGAUGGAGAGCUCAGAUAUUCCGUUAUGGCCAGCAAAACAUUCCAAUGGCCCUCGCAGAAUGUGUUUCUUGUCUGGCGAGGCGCGUUGGUAUUUGUGGCUUCAGGAGGGAAACAAACAGGCAAUUACAUCUUUGCGAAGAGAUCUUCUACUCUUGCAUCAAAAUGGUGACCUUCAACUUUUCAGAACUAAUAUUCCGUCAGGUACUUACAUUGCCGCACUUCAUGAUGGAAGAAUGAUAAGGGGUCGAAUAUGCCCGACUCAAAACACAACGGACUGUUUGAGGUAUGUUACCGCAAUUGAUGUUGAUGAUGGCAUAAAACUGAACUUGCCCUUGAGUCAAGUUCGUGCCCUCCCUCCUGAAAUGAAAUUGCUUCCAUGUCAAGCAGUCCGUGUUGACAUUGGUCUUGACUGUAUUGAGCAGUUUGACUGGCCAGAACAACUGAAUAACAUGCUCAUGAAAGCAAUAGGAAAAGCUUUGAUUUUUGUUGACAUAAAAUCAAAGCGGCCUGGCUCAAUCCCUACCAUUGACGCAGAUGUUACAAUAGUCAAUCCUAGCACUGGCCAAUCAAUUAGCAUACAAAAAUGGCUGAUUGACUGCUUCUCUCAGCACCUUGAUUUAUGUGGUCUAGAGAGGUUCAAACCAUUUCCAGUUGGCAUGUCAGCUGAUCUUAUGGUAAACAACAUGCCAAUGUUUCAACAGCCAGUUUUUGGGUUGGGUAUGCCAGGCUCACCCUCAGUACCUUCAGGACUACCCUCAAUCUUGCCAUCUUCUGGCAUUCCAUCUGGUAUGCCACUAGGUAUGCCACCAAGUUUUCCACUUCCAAUGCCACCUCCUCAAGCUGGUCCGCCUCUUAUUAUGACACAUGGUAUGCCAUAUGGUAUGCCACCAAGGCUUCCAAUGUCUUUGCCUCCAACAGGUGGGCGGAUGCCUCCCUUGAUGUCUCAAUGCCCACAACCCUCCCCAAACAUUUUCCCCACACCAACCCCUCCUGGAUCCACCAUCAGUGCAACUCUAAUGUCAUUUUCUGUAACACAACCAGCAAGGCCAGUGAGGUCAGCACCGCCUCCACCUCAUAAUUCAAUGCCAUUCAAAGAUAGCAUUCAAAGACAGACAAGCUCGAACAAUUCUAGUACUGGACUGAGUGCAUCGUCCUCUCUUAUAUUUGAGUCUGACUCCUCUUUCACAUGUGACUCUGACUGCCCUCCACACAGUGAGAGCUCUGUUGGAAUAGACUUGAAUGAGAGUUUCACAAGCUCAUCCUCUUUAUCUGGCCCAAACCCCUAUGCACUGCCUUUUUUCCCCAAAGACCAAACUCCCUCUGAGAUGACACAAUCUGGGAAGGUCGUUAAGUUGGAGGGAUGUCCCAAGAAUCAUAAUUCCCCUAGACGAGGUGCAAGUGGAGCUACAAAAGGUGAAGAAAGAAUUGUAGGUGGAAUGAGCUCAUGCCUCAGUGCAGAAACCGCUCCAAGAGGAGCUGUUAAACUUGACCAAAGACAUGAACAUGAAGGGAGUUCUUCAGGUCUGAGUGCAGAAGCUGCUCCAUUUGUGCCAAAGGUUCUCAUAAAAAAUACAGACACGGCUACUAAACCUGAUCCUGAACCAAAUCUGAAUUGUAGUGCUGGCAGGAAAGACAAGUCUGCACAAGAACCCCAUGCAAGUCCUGCUAAGACAUUGAAACCAGCCAUUGCAUCUAGACACAGCAAAAGCCCAAGUCUUAAUGAUGGACAGACACCGAGCCCCCUGCUUCCACUCAAUAGUGAUGAAAUCCGUAAGCCUGGACCUCUGCAACAAUUUCCUAAAGGUAAAGAGGUUCAACUCAAACAAAUUUUAAGAGACUGGAAAAUUGGGCAGGUAGUUCCUGCCUUCAUGGCAAGAGUUUGGAAUCCAUCUUGUUUUGAAGUUAAUGUCAUUGAUGACUUUAGUGGCUUGCUCUCUAAGUUGCAAACAGAAAUGGAUGCUUAUUAUAAAUGUGGAAAAAACAAAAUGAACAUGUCUUCAAAACAACAAGCAAGGGAUUUGUGUGGAGACUUUUGUGCUUGCUAUGAUGCUGAUGAAGACCUCUGGUUUAGAGCACAAGUAAAUGAAUGGUUCAUGGAUGACUCAGUGACUCCAUUGAAAGUGUGGGCAGUGGACUAUGGUGGAUACUCGCAAGUUGACUUAGGUAGUGUGCAGCCUCUUUCAACUGAAUUGGCAUGCACAGCACCUGUACUUGUCACACUAUGUUCCAUGAAAAAUGUUAUUUCUCGUCUUGAUUAUGACAUAUGGCCUGAAGUUCAUUUAAAUAGAGUAAAAGAAUUGAUGCCAGAAGAUAACCAACUCUUCUUACGCAUUGAUGGGCCAAAGUCCCAAGAUGAUAUCUGGCCAGUUUCUGUUUUCAAAGAUCCUGACUGCUCCUUGCAAAGCAUUAAUGAAAUAUUAGUGGCCGAAGGCUGUGCCUAUUAUGUUGGUAUGGCAAAAGAAAGUUCUGAUGUCUCAUUGACUUCAAUUUAUGAAGAUGCUGAAAAUCCAAUGGCUGAAGCUUAUGAACUCGGUGCCAAUAACUAUGAUAUAGAUGAUGAAGAUGCCUGUGUUGCUGUGAGUGGGCGCAAACCUACAGAAGAGACAGGCAUUUGUUGGUUCUUUCAACGAAAUGGUUAUUGUUACAAGAAAUUCUGUGACUUGAGACAUGAAAGACUUGACCCUGAUGGUCACAGCAUAGCAAAGGAACAAAUACAUCAUGACUCAUUUGAGAAACUUACUGAUAAUGUUCUGAGCCCUGGCUCCCAGGUGAAGCUUACAAUCACACGUAUAUUGACUGUAAAUCAUUUUAUUGCAACAAUAAGCACCAAAGGAACUAAACUUAGAUCCAGGGAAACUUUGAAAUCGGUUAUUGAAAAUUUAAACACUACACACAUGAAAAGACAGCUGAAGACAUUUACGGAGUUUCCCGCUGAUGGAGAAAUUGUUCUUUACAAGGAUACUACUAAUGGAACGUUUUAUCGAGGCAGGAUUAUUUGUGCGGACAUGGUGGCGGAUGAGUACUAUAAAGUUUUGAAUGUUGACACAGGGUAUAAAUUUAAAAUACCCCUCAAGGAUCUGAGAAAGGUUGACCCUGCUUUCCUGCACCACCCAUUCCAGGCAAUGGAGUGUUGGCUUGCAGAUGUGGCUCCUACACAAAGUGAUAGAGAGUGGACCAAAUCCUGCAAUGCAGUAUUUGCUGAUCUUGUCCAAAAUCAGAAAUUGUUGGCUACAGUUGUGAGAUCGGCCCCUUGGGGUAUUGAAGUUAAUUUAAUAAACAAAGAUGGCCAAGAUCUAGCUGCCAUCCUCAAAGAAAUGAACAUUGUAAAGAGCUGCCCCAGAAGGCACCUCCCUCUUGAUCUCUCCCACCGGUUUCCUGGCUAGGUUUGCAGAUCUCAAUUAUUUACCACAUCAAUUGUUAAUGUCAAAGGUCUUAAUGUGUGUGAGUGUGAGUGUGUGAGUUUUCUUGUAUUUCCUCUAAUGUGAAAAUCAUCUAAAAUUUGUUUUACUGUAGUAUAUUACUUCUUAAUUCAGUUUACAAUCAUUGAAUAAUGUUGAUUUUAUUUUUAUAACAAAGGACUCUUUAAUUGUUAAGAAUAAAUUUUUGAUUUCAA